AUGGAGCCCAGCCAAGAGGAGCCCAAGGCCUCCGUUCGACGAGGAGUGAUCGUCAUGCUCGGGCUGACUGCUUCGGCCCUGCUUGGCCUUGGAUCGAGGCUUGCGGCCACAGAAUCUUUGCUGUGGGCUCCGGAGGCUCCGGAGGUUGAAGGCCGCCGGUUGCGGGCGAAUGCAGCCUCGGAGGAGGACCCAGUUUGGGGCUGCGGGCUUUUGGGGAAGAUCCCCGGCAUCUCUGAGAGCGGAGCCUCGAAAGACACGCAAAAGUUCAUCGACGCACUGAAGAAAAGCAGCUCCUUUAACAAGGUGAUGUUCUGGAACUGGAACCUGGCUCCUGAGGAACCCCUCACCGAAGACUUCAUUUUCAUGCCGGAAGUUUGGGGGUCCGGUGUGGUGAACGAGGAGUGGGUGCGCCAAGCCGACACGACGAAUUUCCUGGACAGCCACGGCAAGCAAUCUCCGGCCACCAUGGCGAACCUCAUGAUGGGCAUGAACGAGCCCGAUAUUCAGGGAAGCUGCAUGGGCAACAUGUUUGGCAGGUGCGUCAAGCCAUGCGAUGAUGCCGCUGUGCACGGCAAUGAUUGCCCAAAGGCCGAGCUGGAUGUCAAUCUCCCUCCUGCGAGUGCUAAUUCUCGAGGUAUGUGCAACUGCUGGGAGAGCGCCUACGCCACAGGGGUGGGCUUCUGGCCCGUGGGCGGCUGUUCGGCGUUGCAGCCCCUGCCGGAGCUCUGGGAACAAGAGCCGGGCUGCAUCAACACCGUCAUGACAAACUGGAAGAAAACGGCUGCGAUCGCUGUCAACAAGGGCUACAAGUACCUGUCCACCCCUCUGUUGGCGGUAUACGUAAGCUACGCAGAAAAGUUCAUUGAAUAUGCCUGCGACUGCCAUGAUGGUGUUUGCGGCUGCACAGAUGCGAGCUGUGGCUGUCCGGUAUAUGUUGGGCUUCAUUUCUAUGCCUUCGACUGCCGACCGGUGUCCACAUCUGCUUAUUACAACUUCCAGGCACGGGUGCAAGACAUCGCUCAGCUGAUGGAGAAGUAUCCCUUCAUUAAAGGCGCCAUCGUCAACGAGGUGGGAAUGCUAAACUGCGCCGGUCCGACGGAAGAUGAUCCAAUUUGCGUCCCCGACUCGGGCCAGUUCCCUGCAAAGGACGAUCCGCACUUCAGUUGCCCUCAGAAUGAAGAGCUGCCCAACGGCCUGGCCUCAUUUGUGACGAGAAUACUGGAGAUAGCCCUUAGCGUCAAAACGAGCGAUGGCCGACCUGUGGUGAAGAGCUUCGCUUGGUUUAACCAGGAUCGAGAGGGAGGCACGUACAAUUUGCGCUUGUUCGAUGACGAUGGCAAAGUCAAUGAAGCGGGCGAAGCGUACAUGAAGGUCUGCAAAAAGUGGAAGCAGCUGGCGGCAUAA